AUGGCUGCACUUCUUCAAACGUUCCCUAGUCAAUCUACCACUAUAACUAUGCUCCAGGCACAGAGCUCAUCUUCAAGCAUAUUACAAACUUCGUCCCAAAACAAGUCAAACCAGCACGCGAACAAUCAAACACACGCCCAAAGGAAUAGUUUUCAUGGAAUGAAUACUGGAAUUGCGUUUUCCAACUACCGUGGCUCAUCUUCAGUUGCUACAAUUGCUCCCUAUGCCUUCACCAGUACGCCAGAUCUAAAAAUGCCGGGAAAGAGUAUUACAAAUAACUUCCUUCCGCGACACGAUAAAGACUCCGUAACUCAGAUGCCAAAUAAUAUAGGAGAUACUGGAAACAGAACACGAUAUCCUGCUGAAGUAUCUUUAUCUACGAUCUCAAACUCGGGCCCUUUCGUAGCAAAUUCUCCAAAACAAGUGAAUGAAAUCGCCUUAACCAAAAAUAUGGGGGAAUCAAAUCCAUCUGGCUCAUCACCUCAGAGUAUGAAACCUACGCCAGGUCGCUAUCGUCGUGGACAGAAUCAACGCACCGAAUCCGUGAAUUCUCAAAGCUCUUCAGUAAUUCAAUUCAAUACAAAUGAUUCCAACCUACAGCCGACGGUAUCAUUCACAGAAUUCAAUCUACAGAUGCCAAAUCUCCCGGAGUUUAUCACAAACACUGCAAACGAGGAAAAACGUCCAAUGCGUGCCAAAGAUGUCUACGAUGUAAAAGGAAAUCGUCGCCGUAGCACUUCUAAUAUAUUUUUUGGCGAGUCCUCAUCAGUAAUCUCAACUGGAAGGCCGCAUUCUAAUUGUCGGCAAUCUACGUCUGGUAGACCGGCAUCUUCGCACUCCCCAAAUCAUUCAACUAGCUCUAGCAGUGCUACGGGCCGCCCAGAACAGACGCACGAACGCCUCAGAAGUGAAGAGAGCCUACUCUCAAUGCGAAGCAACAGGCUAAGAUCUGGUUCGGCUAAGCGAUACGAGCCCCCAAAUGUGGCAAAGUCUCCAACACUCUUUUCAAGCUCACCCGAAAAAUUAAGAGAUGGAAUGUCCGCCCCAGGACAGCCCAGCAUUCCUCCCCGAGCCUCGUCCACGGACGCUGCGAAGCGAGCUUUAAAUCCAUCUCCCUUGUCAAAACCUACCGCUGCUAGUCAUGAAUCAUCUGCGACAAAAGAUUCAUUUGCAUCUACUGUGAACGCCGCACUCCAAAGACCUUCAAAUCCUACCUAUGCACAAGUCGCAAAUAGUACCUCUGAUAGCCCUGCCGCUGCUCAACUAGAGGCUCUGAAUGAACGAGACGGGAAAAAGGGUAAAGCUUUUCGUCUACGUCGGGCGUUUUCUUUCAGUAGUGCUGCAGAACUAUUGAAAUCUUCUGUCGAAACUCAAACCAAUGGAGGCACUGUUGAUAGCCUCAAAGUUAAAGAUGAGACUCAUAUUGAAGCCAUGGAUGCAGAACAGGUUAAGAUAGCUCAACAACAAGAGGCGGGGGGAAUAGGGUCUGGGAUAUAUUCUGGACAGGGUAGUAUGUUUAGCGGCUCUACUGAUAACAUUUCUAUAUCGUCUACCGCUUCUUCGGCAUCCAUCAUGAUUAGGAAAAUGGGAAAAGGGAUGAAAAGAUCAACCAGAUCACUAGCAGGACUCUUUCGCCCUAAAUCAGUAUGUGGGGUGCCAGUGUCCAACACAGCAUUAAACGCAAGCGAGGCUCAAGUCUCGAUGGUUCAGGUGGAGGCCGAACGCGAAACAGUUAAGAAAAGCAUCACGACUCUACAUCCAGAUUGUACUACUGGUACAGAAUACGCAAAUUCGAGGAAAAGUAUAGUAGGAAGCGAGAGAGAACGUGCUGAGGUCUUAUCUGCAGUAAAGAAGGGUAUUUUAAAGAGAUCCAGUAUAGGCUACAACAAAUCAUCAACAUUAUCGUCACUUCCAUGUCCAUCUGGAGGUGCUCAAUUAUCUGCUAUAAAGCCAAAUAAUGAAUCUCCAAGCUCAACUGCACCUAGCACACCCUCAGAUGAACGAGUAGGCCAUCGCUCUGCUGGCUCAUUACCCUUCGUUACCAGUGAUUACUUUACAACUCCGCUUAGAUUCCAGGGUCUCUCGAAAAGCCACCCUGGCACUCCUCAAAGCUCUGCCGCCAAACGAAAUGCGACAUUCAGUCCACGGAUUCAAUUUCACGAUACAUGGCCAAGCGGUGAAUAUGAUCGACGUGGCGAAAUAGCAACCUGUAACCGCUUGACACCGAUUCUUGCUCAGCAAAUAAAGGAGGAACUGAAUACUUUCAAAAUGGAGAUGGAAGUUCAUGAAACUUCCAAGAUCUAUACGCAUUUCUUUUAA